UUAUGCACUUGGUUCGCCGAGUCAAAGGCGGACCCCUCUUCUCUUCCCCAAUCUUUUUCGCACUUCGCAGGCUCCCCGCGGUCUCCGCCUCCGUUCGCGCCGGGCACGUCUCAGUCCAGAUCCAGCCGUUCUUCCACGGCAGCUGCGCCUCUCUUCCUCCUUCCGCAGGCGUUCUCAUCGUGCUAGUCUCCCCUCGAUUGCGGUGGAGUGGAGAUCCAUCCGGACUGAUGGCCGCUCCGCCAAAUGGUGGUCCUUCUGCUUCUCCGAUGGUGAUGUACCCCAUCUGCGUUACUGGAGCGUUCCCGCAGCAAGCUGGGGAUGAUCAGGCUCAGGGUCCGGGGAUAUAUGCCAUUCAGCAGAAUCAAUUAGCGGCGGCGAUGGGAAUGGGAUGCUAUGCUCCAACCACACUCAUAGCGCUCACCUACAAGAUCCCAACGGAAAGUGUCGGUGCGCCAGCUGGUGAAGAGCAUGGGCAGGAUGCUAGGCAGCAAAAUGGCCCUCAAAGACAAGUUGUUGUGAGGAGGUUUCACUUCGCUUUUCAGCUUGACUUGGCCCUGAUCAUCAAGUUGGCAGCAGUGGUCUUUCUGUUUAGCCAGGAAGGAUCAAAGCAAAGGCUGUUUCUUCUCAUAUUGUUUGCCUCGUUGAUUUACUUAUAUCAAACCGGAGCAAUUACACCUUUCCUAAGAUGGCUACAGCGUGCCGGAGGCGCGGCUGCUCGUCCACCACAGGCUCCCCCUCGGGUGGAGAACCGUGCUCCUUUGGCUGCUCAGAAUGAUGGCAAUGAUCAACCCCAUGAUCCUGCAAACCUUGACCAAGCCGCAGAGAACCAGGAACCGGGGGCCGCAGCUGGUAAUGAGAACCAGCAAGUGGGGGCGGAGGGAGAAGGAAACAGGCGCAAUUGGCUUGGAGGCAUCUUGAAAGAGGUCCAGCUGGUUGUUGUAGGGUUUGUUGCGUCGCUUCUUCCUGGUUUUCAGCACAAUGACUAGGCCUCAUCUCAUCACUGCGAAAUAAGCUAUUGGCGGUGUAACUAUUUAUUGUGACAUAGGGAGAAAAGAAACAAUCGUAUAAAAUGGCUUAAAGACUUCUGUUUUGCAA